AUGGCGGUUCUCUACUCCCCAAAAUCAAAGUCUUCUUCUCCUUCAUCAUCAUCAUCAUCGUCAAGGAUUUUCUUACUCGUGACUCUUCUUCCUCUCUCCCUAGCCUGCUUCGCAUUCCUCCUCCAAUGUCGUGGUGGCAUCGAAGAUUGGUUUACUGAUAACCACCAAUUCCCUGGAAUGUCCACCAAUACCGAGAAACGGUCUCUUCGUUCUGAUUCAGGAUGCCUUUCUCUUCUUGGUCAAAGCCGUACCCCAUCAUUUCCUUAUCUCCGUGAUUUGAAACUUGAUCACAAGCCGGAUCUGAAACCUAAGAUAUGUAUAACGACGAGCACAUCAGCUGGAUUAGAGCAGACAUUGCCAUGGAUAUUCUACCACAAGGUCAUUGGAGUUUCGACCUUUUAUCUGUUCGUUGAAGGAACUGCUGCUUCCCCAAAUGUCUCUCGAGUUUUGGAGACUAUCCCUGGUGUAAAUGUUAUAUACAGGACAAAAGAAUUAGAAGAAGAGCAAGCUAAAAGCCGGAUUUGGAAUGAGACAUGGUUGGAGAAAUUCUUCUACAAACCGUGUAAUUACGAAUUAUUCGUGAAACAGAACUUGAACAUGGAAAUGGCUAUCACCAAAGCUAGGGAUGCUGGUAUGGAUUGGAUACUGCAUCUAGACACUGAUGAGCUUGUGCAUCCUUCUGGAUCCCCUGAAUAUUCCUUAAAAAAUCUGUUCAGAGAUGUUCCUUCAGAUGUAGACGCAGUUAUCUUUACAAAUUACGAGAGCAGCGUUGAGAGAGAUGAUAUCAAAGAACCUUUCAGUGAGGUAUCAAUGUUCAAGAAGAACUAUGCACAUCUUCCUAGAGAAGUUUACUAUGGAAGCUAUACAGAGGCUUGUCGUGGCAAUCCAAACUAUUUUCUUACCUAUGCUAAUGGCAAAUCAGCUGCUCGGAUUCAAGACAAUCUUCGUCCCAAUGGUGCUCAUCGAUGGUAUAACUACGAGAAGACUCCAAAUGUUGUUAAACUAGACGAGGCUGCGAUUUUGCACUACACUUACCCGAGAUUCUCAGAUCUUUCUUCAAGACGUGAUCGGUGUGGCUGCAAACCAACUAGAGAGGAUGUCAAGAGAUGUUUCAUGCUGGAGUUUGACAGACAAGCAUUUAUUAUUGCUUCAACUUCAACGUCAGAGGAAAUGCUCCAAUGGUACAGAGAACGAGUUGUGUGGACUGAUGAAAAUUUGAAACUGAAACUUCUUAGGAAAGGAAUUCUUACUCGCAUUUAUGCACCAAUGGUUAUAAUCCAAGAGCUAAGAGAAGCAGGUGUUUUCAGCUCAGUGGUAACUUCAGCUCACAUGUCUUUCUCAAAGAAGAGUAGUAACCACUUCUUUAACCUCAAGCGUUACUAG